AUGAAUAUUCCUCGAAAACGGCACGCGAAACAAAAUGUCGAGAAGGUUUCAAAACCUUUUGGCAUUCAACAAGGUGCUGCCUCUUCAGGAAUGUCUGCUUCUCAAAUACCCGACGAAAACUCUGUUGUGACAUGGCGCUAUAAGGAUUUCUUCGAUUUAGUUAAAGCUUUUGUUAAUGAUAACGAAGCUCACGAGCUAUCUUUGCCCCCAAAACUAUCAGGAAAUCAGCGUAAGGACCUUCAUCGUAUUGCAGCAAUUUUCGAACUUGAUCAUAAAUCACAUGGUAGCGCUUCAAAUAGAGUGUUGAAGUUAACUAAACCACUACGACUUUUGCAAGGUCAAGAGUCCACAAUCAAUGGUACACGCAUAAAGAAGUUUGAAGGAUUUCAAGGGGCUCAGGUGCUGAAAAAUUGUCCUAGUCCAGAUCAGUCUGAAGAAUCCAUAAAUUUAAUGAAGAAAUAUUGGCAUAACAUGUGUGAAACUUUACGCACCGAGCCUGGUCGUCUGCAGAGACGCAACAAACGAAUGUGCAUGCUCCAAGGGGGUCUAUCCACUGCACCAUCAUACAAAAGGGAUGAAUCACGCUAUCAAAGUUUGCAAAGGCAGCGUCAAGCGCUCCCCACUUUUGCACGGCGUAAUGAUAUAGUUAAUACCUUGAGUGAUAAUGAUGUUGUUAUUGUGUGUGGUGCCACAGGUUGUGGUAAGACGACACAGGUGCCGCAGAUAAUAUUUGAUGCACACAUUUUUCCUAGCGAUUCGAUUAUUGUGUGUACACAGCCGCGCCGAAUUAGUGCGCUUUCGGUGGCGUGCCGUGUAGCAGAGGAGCGCGGUGAGGCAUGUGGCGAUACCUGUGGGUAUGUAAUUCGUUUUGAAAAUAAAACCAGCCCCAAUACGCGGAUCGUGUAUGAAACAACCGGUAUCCUCCUGCGGCAUCUGCAUACAGAGCCAGAAUUGAACGGGGUAUCGUGCGUGAUUGUCGACGAAGUUCAUGAACGCGAUGUGGAAACGGACUUUUCCCUGUUGCUUUUGAAAGAUCGUCUGUUGGCACAACGCCAAUAUCCCGACGAGUAUCCUACCAAACUGAAACUUGUGGUAAUGUCAGCAACGGUGAAAAUCGAGACGCUGGUGAAAUAUUUCUCUGGAGUGAACUCCAAUUCAGAGGUACCACUGAUUAGUAUUGAAGGCACGUUGUUUCCUGUCGACGAGUACUUUCUGGAAGAUGCAAUCCGGUGGGUAGGAGUACCUGCCACGUCUGUGCCAGCGAUGGGACUCCUGCGCAAUAACGCGAACACAGGAAAGAAUAACGACGGAGAUGAUACCAAGGAACAAACUUUGUACGAAAAACUUCGAGACACUGUCUUCAAUGAUGUUGAACGCGAUGCCGAGGCGACGGUGCCGUACGAGUUGAUCUGUAAAUUAAUUGUAUAUCUACAUGAGAAAGAACGCAGCUCUUCGGGUAGCAUCCUUGUGUUUCUACCUGGGUGGGCAGCCAUAACGCGUGUUCAAAGCAUGCUUUACCGUUUGCCGACAUAUCGAGAGCUGUAUAUCCUGAUGCUCCACUCAAGUCUCACAAGCUCUGAACAGCAGCGAGUAUUUUUGCCAGCUCCAAAACGCUACCGAAAAGUUGUACUAGCCACAAGUAUUGCUGAGACAAGUAUCACAAUCGAUGAUGUAAUUUACGUUAUAGAUAGUGGGCUUGUUAAGGGAACGUUAUAUGACCCCUCUUCUAAUCUGUCUUCCCUAAAAGCUACGCUAAUUGCGAAAGCAAAUGGUAAGCAACGACGUGGCCGAGCAGGCCGUUGUCAAGCAGGCGUAUGUGUUCACUUGCUCCCUGCUUCAAUAUACGAUAGCCUGGAAGACUUUUUGCCACCCGAGAUGAUGCGCUCACCUCUAGAGGAGGUGUGUCUGCAAUUGAAGGCAAUUCAUCUGACGGAAAGGUGUGAGGCUGUACUGGCCCGAGCGAUGGACCCUCCACCGGUGACGUCAGUGCGGAACGCUGUACAGUUUCUGACAGAUAUGGGAGCGCUUACAAGUCACGAUGAAAUGUUGACGAACCUUGGGUACGCAUUGGCUCAGAUACCGGUGCAUCCACUUCUUGGAAAGAUGUUAUUCGCUUCCGCAUGUUUUGGUGUAUUAGAUUCUGUAACAACGAUUGCGGCUGGGCUGUCAGUGAAGACGCUCUUUGUGAAGCCUCAGGCAUCUGAGAAGACUGCUGUACGUGAGACCAUGAAGAUCUUGGAUAACAACGACUUUUCUGAUCACUUGUGCUCCCUGAAGAUAUACCGCGAGUGGUUAAGGAGUGGUCGAAGUUGUCAUUACGCAACUGAGCAUUUCGCAGAUCAAUCGGCACUGCAUACGCUAGAUCGUACGAAACAACAACUAAUUAACCUUGUACUCCGAUCGCCCCUGUUGAGACGACUGAAAAAUCCUACCCGCGAUGCUUCCCGUCAUGAUGGAAACACAGGGCUUGUCCGUCUUGUUGUAUUGUGGUCGCUAUACCCUCGCAUUGCAUCAAUUGAGUUUCUGGCAAAGCGAAGGGAUCAAAUCCCAAAGGUUGUUUGUUGGGACAACAAGCCGUCUGUUUUCACCAUGAGCUCAGUAUUAGCCUUUGCUAAGCGAGGUGACCUUGAAUCAAGAACUUUUGUCAUGUAUUAUGAACGAAUGCAAUUAGAAUCCGCACUCACGUUAUUUGACUCGUCGUGUAUAUCCCCUCUUGAUGUGGCGCUAUGUGUAAAUCAGCUCUCAAUUUACCCAUUAUCGGAGGUCCCAAAUUCCAUCCUGCUUGGCCCAGAGAGUAAAAUGGGGCCAUCAUCACCCCUCAUCCCUGACCUCAUCAAUGAUAAUGACAGCAUGGCGAUGUUCUUUGACGGAGGGAAAAAAAUGUAUGUGACAACGAAGCAAGUUGCCCGUGCAUUGAAGAUGGCCCGCAGCUGUAUGGAUUACUACCUUGCAUUAUCAAUCAAGAAACUUCGCUCUGACAUUUUCCCACAAGACCUUGUGCGUGCGAUCGCAAUGCUGAUUGGUUAUCCGUUGUCUGAUCUAGAAUCAGAAAUCAACACAUCUAUCGCGAACGCACCGAAAGCGAUUCGAACGCUCACUGAUGAUAGCCCUAUGAGUGCACCUUCUUUUGUCCGUGGUUAUAAUGACGUGGAUUCAUCUGACAGCGAGGCCGAGGAUAACAUGAUUGAGGUAGAGAGUGGGGACGAAUUUGACGAGCCGUUGGCGUUGACGGCAGAUCAAAAGAAAUGUGUUACCGUUGCAUUCGGCAACUUGGCAGUAAUUCGAGACGAUGAGGCACCAAUUUUGGUCGAUUCUGCUCAGGAUGGGGACUUGCCUGACGUAGAUAAAUUGGUUUCCGGCAUUAAGGCAAAUGUGGAGAAACCUAACAUGCAGAAUGAUUCCAAGGAGCAGGGGAACGAGGAUGACGAAGAGGCAGAGGAAGAGGAGGAAGAUAUCAUUAUUGCCAAACCAGGUGAACUGGUAAUCUCUUGA